AUGAGCCGUUUGGUUUUGCUCAGCUCUCCUCAGAUCUCUGCCUCCAGCCCACGUCAGACUGUGACUCCAACCCGAAACAUCUCCUUCUUACUGAAGGAGCUCGACGCCAUGAGGGAACUUAACAACAAGCUUCAAGUGCAGAUGGUUCAGAAAGAGAAGGAGCUGCUGCAGAGAGAGGUGGACGAAGAGCUGAAGGAGCAGCAGCGAGAGGCCCGACACUGGGAGAGACCCAUGGAGGUGCUGGAGGAGAUGUUGGCAGCUCAAAAGGACCGAGACCAGGCUCUGAUGUCACGACUACUGCUGGCCAAUGAGGAGAGAGAUGAAGCUUUACUCCGUGCCCGCCGACUGCAGGAGGCUGCUGGGUCGGAUGAUAUCAGCCUGCAGGACGUUGACAUGGACAUCAAAGAUCUCCUUGAGCAUGUCUGCGAAGCCGACUCAGUCCAGGAAGUGAGGCAAUUCGGCUCAGCUCUAGUUCAGCGCGUACGGCUAGCACAACAGCGAAGGAGUGACAUCACUGCUCAGGAGAUGAAGGCCGUGAUCGAGGAGAGAGACAAAUCUGUAGACAAGUGUAAAUGGCUGAAGGAAGACCUGCUUCAGAACGACCAGUCAUUCAGCCAGGAGGAGCUGCUGAGGCUGCAGAAGGAGAAAGACGCAGCUCUGGACGACAAACGGAGGCUCCAGGCUCAGAUCCAGGCAUUACAAGCCGAUCACAGCUCUCAGGACCAUGCCACUCCAUCCCAGACGUCACUUCCUGCUGAGUCUUCUGCAGACCAGAAGGACUUGUCCUCCUCCCAGGUCCAGUCUCUGGUGGUGCAGCUUCAGCAGCUGUCCAGGGAGAAGGAGGACACUGCGGCUGAGCUCCAGCGCAGCCAGGCGGCUGAGCAGGAAGCCAGUGAGAGGGUUCGCAGGUUGGAGCGUUUGGUGGAAGUGUUGAGGAAGAAAGUUGGAGCAGGAAGUCUCCGUGCUGUCGUCUGAUUCAUCAGAUCCUUUUUAUGUGACCAAACUGAUGGUUUGUUUGCUUUUUUUUAUACUGUUGAAGCUUUUCUACUUUUUGUGAUUAAAACUUGGUCACAUGUGGAAGCAGCAGAAGAAAUUAAACAACACGUUUGUCUUUGUUUCCUUCACUUGUUUUGGAUGUGGAAGUGUUCUCGGCUGGAAAACUGAGCACCUUUACUUUUUAUCCCGCGUGUUUUUCUCUCCUUGACUGGAGGCAGAAAAUGAAAUAAAUGUGAUUAUGUCAUCAGAACUUGAUACUAAGAGAUGUGAGCUUUAUUACUGCCAGGUUGUUCAGUUGAUUCUAAAUAAAUUAUAAAAUACAAAAA